CAAUAUCUGCCAAGUUUAAUACUUUGGACCAGUCGGUCACGAUCUUGUCAAAAAUUGGGUCUAGUAAGCCACCUGACUCGACUAGCGGCGUGAACGUCCUUUGCCGGGCGUAGCGCUCACAGGCACGACGGAGCUCCCCACACGCACGACGAUAACAGAUAGGUGUCCUUUAUAGUACACCAUACUCAAAUGCUCAAAUGAACAUUCAUGCACACAGUACAGGUCGCGGUUAAACCACGGGCUACAAAAGUACAAACAUGUUGUUGUCUCAGAUUGAAUCCCUAGGUUUGACCACAACGCACCAACGAUUGGUGAUUGCCGGCGCUGUGGGCCUAGCUACAAUUGCAGGUGUCGUCUGGUGGUUCAGAAGGACCCCCAAACCAGUGUUCAAACCGGUGGGCAAACUGAGUGAGAUUUGGAUCCAUCCGGUCAAGUCAUGUCGGGGACAUCAGGUGUCAAGUGCAGAGUGCACACCUGCUGGGCUGUACAGCAACGGUUUGUAUGACAGGUAUUUUGCGGUUCUGAGCGAUGCUAACAGGACGAUUAACCUGGGGCAGGAGCCUUCUCUGGCCCUGAUUCAACCGCGAAUCUCAGAAGACGGAGAGUGCCUUAGUCUGGAUGCGCCAGGCAUGGAGCCUUUGAGCAUUAGCCUCUCAGACACUGCAAAGUCUGACAACCCUGUCAGGGCAUUUAGGGUCUGGGGAGUAGACGCAGAAGGGCUGGACUGCGGCCAAGAGGCCGAAACCUGGCUGAGUACCUACCUCAAGAAGCCCAACCACAAACUGGUCUACUACAAGGAGGGUCGAACUAAGCUCAGGAAGCCCACCGUGCAUUCCAUGUGGGGGAAGAAGUUUGCUUCCAAAGAUGAACUGAGGGGUUACCAGGAUUUGGCUCCGUUGUUAGUGGUGACUCAAGCCUCUUUGGAUGACCUGAAUUCACACCUGGAAAAGCCCAUCACCAUGAGGAACUUCCGACCAAACCUUGUGGUGUCUGGAGCCAAUGCGUUUGAUGAGGACCUGUGGAAACACAUCAGGAUUGGAGACACAGUGACCUUACGCAGGACGCAUGGCUGUGGAAGGUGUAAAUUGACAACAGUUGAUAAUGAGACUGGCAUGUACAGAAGUGACAAUGAACCACUGACAACUCUUAGAAAGUAUCGCAUGUUGGACAAGUCAGACCCAGACAGCAAGACGCUGGGUGUUGCCCCAAUCUUUGGAUCAAACGUCGCAUAUGACGUGUUUGGUACAGUCCAGGUAGGCGACACCGUGUAUGCAGCGGUGUAAAUUCAAGGCCGCAGUAAAGAAAAUUGGUAGAAAUAAAAUCUAUUCUGUGAAUAACAAUUUGCAAAAGCAAACUCUUAUUGAUGCAAUGAGAAAUGGACAAAAAAUAUAUGUAUUUUCAAUAUAAUUUUCAACAUGCAAAAACAAGUGAAAUUGAAGUCAUUAUAGGUAGACAUUUUGUAAUACUUUAAAGUCUUCCAGUGAGUAUUCAAUUUAAGUCAUAUUUAAAGAAAUCACUAAUUUAAAGUGCAAUUAAAUGAAAGUUAUUUUUAUAAUUAAUGUAAAUUUAAAAUAUUGUAGUUCACUCUUUUCACACUUCCGCCAUGGGCAUGCAGAGCCUCGAUCUGGCAACUUUACACAAUAAAUAUAGC